UAUAAUUAUUUUAAAUAUAUAAUUAUAUUAUUUAGAUUAAUUAAUGCUCUGGUAAUUUUUCAAAAUUAUAUAUAUAUUAUAUUUUAUAGAUUUCUUAAUAACUUUUAUAUAAUAUAUCUAGAUAAUAUCUUUAUUUUUUUAUUAGAUAGGAAAUCCUAUAUAAAAUAUAUUUAUUAA